AUGACUAAUUAUACAAAAAUAAAAGCCAGGUUACAGUAUUCUUCAAGUUUGGGUUGUAUUGUUAGAUCAACUUUAAAUCAAAAUUAUUGUAAGGUUGAAACUUAUGAUGAUAUAUAUAAUAAGGUUUCUGAUAUAAAGCAAGAAAACGCAGUUGCAAAAUAUAUUAGAGCUUAUAUUCUUCAGGCUAGCAGUUUAGUGUCACAUCUGACAAAAAAUGAUUUUAUUUUAACUAAAUUACAAGAAAACAGAUGGAAAUCAAGUGGAAAUAAUAAUAAUAAUGUAGUUGAAAAAAAUCAUUUGGCUUCGCAUAUUGUUUAUUAUUUGGCUUCAAGUGAUAUUAGUAUUAAUGAGGAAGUAUUAGUUCUUAAAGGACAGGCAAAAGGACUGUUUAAUGAAACUAAGUUCUCUGAUAAAGUUCUUUCAAUAGAUUCAAUUGUUAAAGCGGAGGCUGCUGCUGCAAACUCCAAUAUUGUUUAUGAUUCUAUGGCAACUGAGAUCUUACCAGUCAAAGAUAGGCCUAAACAGUGGGAAGAAGCGUUGAAACUUACAAUGCAAGGAAAACUCUAUAGUAUUCAUGUGCAACGUUUACCGUCUUUACCAUUAUCUAAUUUUGGGUUAGAAAUCUUGAUAGGUAAAGAUGAAAUGAUUGAUUUUGAAGAUUUCUUAGGCA